CAAACGUUAAAUAAUCCGAAGUGGCUAUUAGCUUUUACUAGCUUGUAUGUUAUCAUUUCUGGUAUGAUGAUAUCAGGAUUUACGGCAGUGGCAAUUACUUCGUUGGAAACACGAUUUGAAUUACGUAGUACAGAAUCUGGAAGCUUGUACAGCGCUUAUGAAGUGGCCGCUGCUAUCAUUGGCAUCGUCACUAGCUUUUACGCCGGACAAGGCCAUAAAGGUCGAUAUUUAGCCGUUAGUGCAGUUAUUAUUGGUAUCGGAGGCUUGGUCUUUGCUUUACCCCAUUGGAUUACUGAUAAUUAUGUAGCUGAGGGAACCGUUGGCUCUGGAUUAUGCUAUCAUAAUGCCACAAUAAGCCAAAAUUCUGCUAACGUUUGUAAUAAUCUGGGUUCUCCUGUUCGAGUGUUUUUGUACGUUUUCAUUUUCGCACAAGUCUUAGUCGGUGCUGGAAAUAAUGUUUUGUGGACAACAGGAAUGGCCUAUAUCGACGAAAAUGUCAGUCCUACAUCAUCCUCUGUCUACGUUGCAAUAGUUGUGACACUAGCAGCAAUGGGUCCAGCAAUAGGGUUUUUACUUGGAGGUGUUUUUCUUAAUCUUUGGGUAGAUUGGCCAAGCAAUUCACAAGGUAUUCUGCCGACAGACCCGCGCUGGGUUGGCGCAUGGUGGUUGGGAUUUAUUGUCUGUGGUGUUGGUAUGCUUGUCGUGUCGAUUCCAUUAUUUGCUUUUCCUCGCAAUCUACCCAAUUUUCAAAAGUAUAAACUCCAGAGACAAAAAGCGACUAUUGGCAAAUCGAAAGUGGACAAAGAAUAUGGAAAUUCAAUUGCCGACUUUCCAAAAGCUUCCAAAGAAUUAAUCCUUAAUAGACCCUAUAUCUUUACAGUUUUGGCUGCAACAUCAGAAGCACUUGUCACUAAUGGUUUUGCUGCUUUCUUACCCAAAUUUAUUCAAGCACAAUUUUCUACUACAGCAUCUAAUGCAAGUUUUAUAUCGGGAAUUAUUGUUGUGCCAGGCGCAGGAGGUGGCAUGAUAUUGGGUGGUGUUCUCAUGAAAUACUUCAGGAUGUCUGGAUUAAGUGCGUCCAAAUUUAACUUUGUUUUCGGAUUUCUAAGCUGCGUAAGCGUUUUGGCCUUUCUUAUUGGUUGCGAUACUGUCCCAUUUGCUGGUGCAAAUACACCAGUAGGAGCCCUAACAAUACAACCUAUUGCUCAAGCACAAGUUGGCAAUCUCACUGGUCAAUGUAAUGGGAAUUGUGGAUGUCCUCAAAAUCAGUUCGAUCCAAUCUGUGGCAUCAAUGGAAUUACUUAUUUUUCACCAUGUCAUGCUGGCUGUCAAGCUAUUAACAACUCUGCUACACUUGAACGGCAGGUAUUUUCCAAUUGUACCUGCAUACCUAGUCAGACGACUGCCAAUUCUAGUGGAACUAUCCAGCGUACAGCUCGGCGAGGAGUAUGUGCACAGACUUGUAAUAAUAUGAUACCAUUUCUGGCCGUCUUAUUCAUUCAAAUGUUAUGUACCUACGUGAAAUCAGUGCCGGCUACUCAAGUUGUUCUUAGGACUGUACCCGAAAGCCAGCGUUCAUUUGCGUUAGGUUUACAGUGGCUAUUAGUACGAUUAUUAGGCAACCUUCCGGGGCCGCUAUUAAUUGGCUUGAUGAUUGAUACAUCAUGUGUUUUAUGGAAUAUUGAAUGUGGUGAAAGAACCUCAUGUUGGUUAUAUGAUAACCGCCAGAUGGGCUAUCUUGUAUUAGCCUUUGGUUUGUCAUUUAAAGCCUUAGGCACCCUCUUUUUCUUCUUGGCAUGGUACUUUUAUCGA